AGUUAUCUUAGUUCUUUGAACUAAUAAUUGAUAACUUCUAUCUUUUUUUUUUGAAGCAGAUAAUUUUUUAGAAACUCCUUUCUAAAAAAUGGGAAAAAGUAUACAUUCUAUGACCACAAGACAAAAAAUAAGACAGGAAAGUGGUCCACCUAUUUUAGAAGCUGUAAUCAAUAAUGAUGAAGUGAAAAAUGGGACUGCACGUAAACGUAAAGGGCAAAAAAAACAAAAACCUCAGAGGAAGACAGACAGUAAAGCUGCUGAAGAGAUAGUUUACCCAAACAUAAACAAAACCAUCUUAAAUAAUAUCAAAGCUUUAAAUCUAGAAACAAAAAGAAGAGCGGAAGAGCAGGUCGCAACAGAGAAUCAAGAGAAACAUUUUGGAUAUAAUUUUAAUUUACAUGAGCCACUCAGUAGUAAUGUUACAGCAGUAGCAGCAACAAGUGGCAAAACUAUUUUACAUGUGCGCGCAUGUAGUCUACCAUUACCAAUAGAGUACGACGCUGACACCAUACCACCACCGCAAGCACCACCACAUACAUAUAGAUAUGACUAUCAGCAACAUCAGUGCUCCUAG